CUGUAGCCGGGAGCGGCUGCCGGCCGCGGCGCUCGCGUCGCUGCGGAUCCCGCUCGGCGGGGCGGAGUGUGUCCCCGCCGGCUUGCCGUGCGGGGAGGCGGGCCGGGGGCCGGCUGAGAUGGGAGAGAGCAUGUCCAAGAGGCUGAAGCUGCAGCUGGGCGGCGAGGCGGAGAUGGAGGAGCGGGCCUUCGCCAACCCCUACCCCGACUACCAGCCCCAGGGAGCCGCAGCCGCGGCGGCCCCCAGCGCGGCGGACGGCCAGCGGGACCGGGCGCCGCUCCCGACGGAGGAGGAGUCCCUGCCGUUCAGCGCCGACGGGAAGGUCACUGCUCAGUUCUCAAAACGGAUCCAGGCAAAAAUCAAGGACCUUCUGCAACAAAUGGAAGAAGGGCUGAAGACAGCAGACCCACACGACUGCUCUGCCUAUACUGGCUGGACUGGUAUUGCCCUCUUGUACCUGCAACUGUACCGUGUCACCAAAAACCAGAGCCACUUGCUGCGCUCUCUUGACUACGUGAAGAGAAUCCUCCGCAACCUGAACGGCAGAAGAGUGACCUUCCUGUGCGGCGACGCUGGGCCGCUGGCAGUGGGGGCAGUGGUGUAUCACAAGCUCCAGAACGACUCUGAAUCCAAAGAAUGUGUUGCCAGGUUGUUGCAGCUCCAAAGGACAGUGGUAAGCACAGAUUCUGAGCUUCCUGAUGAGCUGCUUUAUGGCAGAGCAGGUUACCUCUAUGCCUUGCUGUACCUCAACACUGAAAUCGGCCCGGACACUGUCCCACAGUCUGCUAUCAAAGAGGUGAUCGAGGCCAUCAUUGAGUCGGGGAAGAGCUUUGCCAAGGAGGAGCGGAAGGCAGAGCGUUGUCCCCUGCUGUACCAGUGGCACAGGAAGCAGUAUGUUGGGGCAGCCCAUGGAGUGGCUGGCAUCUAUUACAUGCUCAUGCAGCCAGUUGCAAAGGUGGAGCAGGAGACCCUGGCAGAGCUGGUGAAGCCGAGCAUCGACUACGUGCGACACAAAAGGUUCCGCUCCGGGAAUUACCCGUCCUCGCUGAGCAACGAGACUGACAGGCUGGUGCACUGGUGCCACGGGGCCCCAGGAGUCAUCCACAUGCUCAUGCAGGCUUAUAAGACUUUUAAAGAGGACAAAUACCUGAAGGAUGCCAUGGAGUGCAGUGAUGUCAUCUGGCAGAGGGGUCUGUUGAGGAAAGGCUACGGGAUCUGCCACGGCACCGCUGGCAACGGCUACUCCUUCCUGUCCCUCUAUAACCUAACUCAGGACAAAAAGUACCUCUACCGAGCCUGCAAGUUUGCUGAGUGGUGUUUGGAGUACGGAGCACACGGGUGCCGCAUCCCCGACAGACCUUACUCUCUCUUCGAAGGCAUGGCCGGAGCCAUUCACUUCCUCUCGGAUGUUUCGGUGCCGGAGACUUCCCAGUUCCCAGCGUUUGAACUUGGGCCUCAAAGGAGCGAAAACAAAGUGGAGCAGGACAGCUAAAAGGUCCUUUGGAAAGGAACCUUGAUGCCAAAAGAGAUGAGACUGUUUAGUGCCUCUGCUAGGGAACCAGCUGGCCCCUGACCCGGCGCAUGGCUGGAGCCCUUUUGUCCCCGGGCGGGAGGAGCCGCGGUGGAAGGGCUGCGAAGGACAGAGGACAAGAGCAGUCAAGUGCUCAACUUUCUUCCAUUGUAUUUGUCUCCUUCAGGUCCCUGACAUGCUCUGCAUGUUUCUUGGUGUUGUGUGUUGCCCUGAGUCCUUUGUUGUUAGCAAGCAGCCGGUCUGUGUGUGUGUGUGUGUGUGUGUGUGUGUGUGUGAGAGUCCCCGGUGCCCCUGUGCAUGAUGCAGCCCAGCAGCAGUGUGGCUUCCUGCAGCUGCUUUCCCAGAGCCACUGCUGAGCUGACAACUUGAAACAGAGAGGAGGCCAAACCUUGCUGUGCUGCCAUCUCUCUGCCUGUCCCCCCAGCAGCUGCAGAGAGGAGCCCUUCUGAUGGGGAGAGCGAGGCCGCCUCUGCUCUCACACUCAGCAGGUUGGAAGGGACCUUUUGAUGCCUUUUGCUGUUCUUGGCAGGGUGAGGGGGUUUGAAAACCUGCAGGAGAGGCUGCCUGGGGUCUCUGCUCCUGCCUGGGGCUCUGUGCCCACCUCUGCCAGGCCGGGCAGGCCCGAGGCACCGGGGAGCAGCAUUGGCAGCGCUGCCAGAGCAGGGGACUGAAGGGGCUUUUCAUCUUCCAGUCCAGUGGGUAAGAGCCCUUUGUCCUUCAUCUGCAGCGUGCUGCCUGUGCUUUGCAGGUGAGGACACAGCCCUGCCCCAGGUGCUGCCAGGGGUGUGGGGAAGCAGGACAGCUCUGAGCACAGCCAGCGCAGCCCCUGCCCAGGGACGGCACCCAGAGCAGCUCCCUCGCCCGGCCCCAGCCCCUCUGUGCCCUGCAGCCCCCAGCCCAGCACGUGGGCUCUGUCCUGCCUGGGUGAGGGGGCACAGGAGGCAGAGGGAGGCUGAGGGCACUAGGGAGGGAGGGCUCCUCCAGCACAGCAGUGCAGAGGGCUGACCCUGGGCUUCUGUCUUCAGCCUGUGGCCACCGAGCCAGGGGGAGACUUGCCCAGGGUGAAGUCUCACCGAAGUUCCAGCAGAGGAAGCAGGUGGCAGCUCAGCUCCUGUUUGACAUCCCCCCCAUCCCUCCCUUGCCUUCCCUUGUCUGUGGGUGGGUUGACAGGGCAGGGGGCUGCUGGGUUUGCAGGGACUGUGUGUGAAUGCUGCCCGUCCAAGGCUCCAUCCCUGGGCCCAGGCCUGGGCAGUUCAGCCCUUGGUGCCCUCUUCGUCUGCUGAGCUGGAAACAGCACCUGAGGGAGGUGAGUUGGGCCCAAGGGGCAUUCAAACCCCUUGGUUUCAAAAGCAUUGAGGUAUAGAGACACUCAGAACAGCUUCAUGGUGAGCAGACAUCAAGAUAACAAGCAGUGGACCAGCAGCUCUCUGUGUAGGGCAGCCAACCUUCUGCUGGGGGCUGGCCCUGGCCUUCUCUGCAGAGUCCUGGGGGAAGGCAGCAGCACUAGAAACAUGGGGAAGCACCUGAGGGGACAUCAGCUCAUCCUCCCCCUCCUCCCACCACUGCCCUGCAGCUCCUGGCUGGUGCCCCUUGGGAAAGGUCACUGUGGGAAGGUGGAAACAGUUUCCCCAAGGCCUUUGUGCUCAGAAAGCACAUCAGUCAGUCAGCCUGGAAACGAGGAGAAACGUCUUCAUAGCCCCUGGUUUGCUUGGUCUGUGUGUCCUUGUCCCUCUGUUGCAAACAGCAGUAGUGUGUGUUCAACGUGGAGAUGCUCUUUGGGCAGAAAAAGAGGAAAACAAAUGCUGAUGUUUUGUUGUUUGGCUUUAUUAGUAAAGAUGAAGCUCUGUGGUGGUGA